GAAACAUAUAAUAGAGAUUUCAUCAAGACAGCUUUUGUGAAAGAAGAAACAAAAGGAAAAUGAAUUCCAAAACCCUUCUUUUUGUAGCACUUUGUGCCUUGCUUCUUCUUGUUACUUCAACUAUCGCAGCCGAGACGAAACCUGAAGAACCAAAAAAGGAGGUGGACGAUGUAAAGGAGCCCGAUGAGUAUGGUGGAGGACGUGGUUGUAGGUAUGGUUGCUGUGGAAGGGGCCCCUAUGGACGAUGCCGAAGGUGCUGCAGAACAGCUGAAGACGCGGAAGCAGCAGAAGUGAGCAGCUUUGAUACCGAUGGCGAUGGAUAUGGAGGUGGUGGCGGAUACCCGGGACGCGGCGGAGGCGGAUAUCCAGGAGGUGGAUAUCCAGGACGCGGCGGAGGCGGUGGAUAUCCGGGACGUGGCGGACACUGUAGAUAUGGCUGCUGUGGAGGUUACGGCCGCUACUGCAGGUGCUGCUACAACCGUGAAGAAGCUCAAGCCGUGGAGUUUGGAAAUUAAAUUAGAAGCUAACCGUGCAUCCCUAUGAAUAAUAAUAAUGAUAAUUAGUAUCUAGUUAGCUCUAGUAAUCUCAUCAAAUAUUUCCCAUGCGGGAAAGAUUUGGUGUAAUAAAAUGCUCUCCUGGUUUUGAUGCUGUAGUAUGUAUAAUGACAUGUACGUAGCCUUCCUGAUCUGUACAUGGC